AUGCAUUUUAUAGGAGUGGGCGUUUAUCUGCACCCGUACCACAGCCUCAGCCAACCAUCACUACAAACCCAGUUCAUCAUCAGAUAUAUAGACUACCAGUGCUGCAGACAAAACGCAUGGAUCGCCACAAUUGGACACAAACUCUCAUCACAAGCACACAACUCAUCCAAACGUAAGAUCUCGCACUCAUAUAAGUUAAUAAGUGUACAACGGAUUGGGAAUCGUGUGAUCGACAUAUCAUAACCAUAACGCCAUCGCAACACACAUUUUAGUGUGCAUUUGAUAUUAAAUUAUUGCAAUCACUAGAUUGCGUACAUCAAUACAUUUUGCAUAUUAAUCACUGAUAAUAAGUUAUCGAUGCCAUCCCUCGCAUACAU